AAAAACGAUCCACUUCUCAAGCCUUUAAAGGCAGAAGCAACUAAUUGAGCAACACCUUCUUGGUUUUAGUUUCUUGUGAAAUCUAUCUAGUUAAGCUUGCUUUAACUUGGCCGAUCAAUGGCGGACGUUCGCACACAUUCACACCAGGUUCAAGUGCACCCUCUACGCCAACACGAAGGAGGCAUCAAAGUCCUUUAUCCCCAGAGUGGCCCUUCUUCCACUCAGGUUCUGGCCGUGGUCGCCGGUGUACCAAUUGGAGGGACGCUGCUGACUAUAGCCGGCUUGACAUUAGCUGGUUCGGUUAUCGGACUAAUGCUAGCAUUCCCGUUGUUCGUCAUCUUCAGUCCGGUUAUCGUACCAGCAGCCUUUGCGAUCGGUUUAGCUAUGACGGGAUUCAUGGCGUCAGGGGCAAUAGGGCUCACAGGGCUGUCGUCGAUGUCGUGGGUACUCAACUACAUCCGUCGGGCGAGGGAACAUUUGCCGGAGGAGCUGGAGGAAGCCAAGCAGCGUUUGGCGGGCAUGGCUGAGUAUGUGGGACAGAGGACCAAAGAUGCUGGACAAACUAUUGAAGACAAAGCUCAUGAUGUUCGAGAGAGCAAGACUUAUGAUGUGCGUGACCGAGACACCAAGGCUCAUACUGCCCGAGGAGACAAAGACACCAAAACUACUCACGAGGUCCGAGUGGCUUCUACAUAAUAUAUAUUAUAAAGUCGUGUGUUUUUGUAGUGGUGAAUAAAAGGAUCGUCUGUCGUGGUAGUUGUGUUUGUUUAAAUUUUGAAAAUGCUUUUGUAAUCUUCUCUGAGUUUAGUUUCUUCUUCUUUUUUUCUUUCUUUUUCCCUGUAAUAAUAAUGUCAUAGACGUUUUGCU